UAACCACUCGCCAACCGCACCAACCCACGGAGGACGGAGCUUUCCACACACUAUCGUCCCGUGUCCUUCAUAAUUUCACCCGCCCCGGUCGCUUGCUUCUGAGCUCUACCAAGACCGUGCCCCGAAGAAAGAGGGCCAGCGAUGGGCGACGCAGGAGAAGAGACGAAGAAGGCUAUGCGGAUCGCCGCCAUGCACGGCGACGGCGCGUCGGCCCGGGUGGCCGUGGCGGCGGCGGAGCAGCAGCGCCAGGCGCCAUUAUUAUUGCCUGCUGCCGGCGGCGGCUCUGGACCGGUGCAGGGAUGCGGCGCCGGCGACGACGACGCCGCCGACGACGAGAAGGUGGAGAGGUUCUACGCGCUGCUCGCCAACAUCCGGGCCCUGAGGGGCCUGUGCAGCGCCGGGGAGAGCGGAUCGGCCGCCGCCGGCCGGGGGAGGAAGCGGGCGCGGGAGGCGGAGGCGCCGUGGAGGCCGGCGUUCCGGAUGGAGGACUUCGAGGAGGAGGUCAGUCAGAGUCAAGCGACGGCCGACGCUCGUAAAGGCGCCGGCGUCGUCGCGAGGCCGCCCGCCGCGGCCAGGCCGAGAGCCGCCGCCGUCGACCGCGAGGAAUUAGAAGACUCCGAGGUCGCUGAAGCGAGCGGAAAGAAGCUCGGUCGCCGCGUCGCAGCGCAGGGGUGACCUGUGCUGACCUCGACCGCAUAGCUAAGCUACGAGAGGCUAGAAUCGAACACCUCCUAUGCUUGGAGGGAUUCUCAUGCUAGAUUUCCCUAAUUUAAUCAUUCGACGACACCUUGUAAUAACUAUGUAUCCCUGGUCGGAUCACACUGCCAGUACUCAAUACGGAAUGACAUGUUCGGCCCUUGUAUAUAUUGCGCCUUAGUUACUCUCUCUAAAUACAAGUCAAUUUUCCA